AUGUUCAAACUCCUGUGUAUCUUUGCAUUGUUACUUGGUAAUGACGUGAUCGCAUUCUCUCAUCAUAUCGACGAUGUUAUUCUAAAAUUUAUCGUCGAUACAAUGCCGAUAUUAUUCCCGCCAUCGAGGAUAUCGCUACACUCCGCGAAAUUUAUAUUUCGACAACCGUUAUUAUCCAGCGUGAAAAAUAUCUUCAUCUUACCCUUUGAAAGAAAUGUUUGGAUAGCAAUCGCAGUAUUCCUUCUUGUCGUUUUUUGCUUAUUAUAUUUAUCUAUGAAAUGGGAAUAUUAUCGGAAUACAAUGAAAAAAUCGUCAACUACCUGGAAAGAUACUCAUAUCGGCAAUCCGACACUAGGCGAAGAUUUUCUCGUUCUUUUAGGCGCAUGUACUCAACAAGGUUAUUCGUACGAACCAUAUAGAUUUUCAACUCGAAUCAUCACUCUUACGUUAUUGGUAGCCUCAUUGGGUCUUUACACGGCUUACACAGCAAAUAUCGUAGCUCUUUUGCAAUCUCCUGGAAAUUCAAUCAAAACUGUUUCCGAUCUCUUGCAUAGUCAUUUAAUUCUCGGUGCGCAAAAUUACACAGCCAAUUAUCAAAAUCCCGUUAGGAAAGCGAUUUUUGAAGAGAAAAUUGAGCCGAAAAGACACAAGGCCAAUUGGAUGGAUGUAGUAGAUGCAACACCUCGCAUAAAAAAUGAAUCAUUCGCAUUUUACGGGUCAGAAUCUCGGAUAUAUCAAAUAAUAGAAAAAACAUUUCAUGAAUAUGAAAAAUGCGGGAUAACAGAAAUCGAUUACUCGAACGAGGUAUUACUACAUCUCGCACUACCAAAACAAUCGUCAUAUUUAGAGAUAAUAAAGAAUGGAGCCAUGAUACUACAAGAAUAUGGGCUAAAAUUCCGCGAUGAAUAUCGUUUGAUUACGAGAAAGCCACAAUGUUCGAAUGAAGCUAACUUUCUUAGUGUUGGCUUCACGGAAUGCCGAUUUUUAAUUAUUAUAAUGGUUUACGGAUUUCUGAUUACAUUAAUUGUAUUUGCAUUGGAGUUGGUAUGGCACAAAAUGUAA